AGGAUCUAUAGAAGGAUCUUCCUUUAUAUUCAGCUUGUAGCUAACAAUCAUACAUUUUUUUUGUUAUAGGAAAUAAAAAUGAGCACUAGGUAGUUGAAGUUUUUAUCAAAUAAAAAAUGGGCACGCUAGGAGCCAUUGUUGGUAUGUCAUUUUUAUGUGCUAUUGGGAUUCUAAUGGUAGUGUUAGGAUGUGCAUUAGAUGAAUUCAAAACAGAACGAGGACCAUGGUGGAUCAUGUUUAACUUAUUUUUUUACAUUCUGGCACCUAUCCCUGCAUUAAUUGUGAGAAGAGUCGGCAGUGAUUUCUCGUCAUUUUCAGGAACAUCCAAUUUAGUUGCUGAAAUCGCAUUGUUUUUCACAGCUGGUAUCGUUGUCUCAGCAUUUGGCCUGCCAAUAGUGCUUGCUAGAGCUGGAAUUAUUAAGUAUGGCGCAAUGGGACUUGUUAUGACUGGCAACUUCUUCAUAUUUUUGACAAUUUUGUUAUUCUUCACCGUAUUUCAAGCAGAAGAUGAAUUUGGUUUCUAAAUGUGGUAGCAUAUCUGUAAUAUAAGCUGGCUGUCUUGGUGGAAUACGUAAAGACAGUUUGUACCAUCUUUGCAACCAUAAUACUUAAUAGAUCUUUGUUACUGCAGUCCUUUUAAAUGUGGUGUUGGUGAAUAAUGAUUACCCUAUUUAAUUUACUUUCUUGAUUGAUUAAAGAAAAUAUUUUGUUCUGUAUAUAGAUCAUAACGAUGUUUGUUUUUCCCAUGUACAACUCUCUGUACGUACAAAUUAAACAUAAAAGCUUAAAGAAGGUAAAAGCUUGCAAAAUUUACGGACUCUUAUAUGUUAGUCAAUGAAUACAACCAAAGGCUGAUUUAUAAUUUAUUUUGGACUUUGGCAGACUAUUAAGAGAGGUAUGCAAAAAAUGCAAUGGGUUUUUGUAAAAGACGUUGUCUUUGUAUAAAUGUUUGUGUUGCUUCUUUCCUCUGUUUAUAGAUGUGAAAAUAUAUCCUCUAUAUGGCAAAGAUUCUGAAAAGCAUGAAAAUUAAGUUGAUUACUCCAACCAAAUGUAUGCCAAGUCCAAAGUUGACCAGGAUCAGUUUUCGAUAGUUUUCUGUAUUUAUUUAUCUCUUAGCAACUAUUUGUUAAAUUUACAAUUUUUUUACGGAUGUAUUUAUAAAUAAAUUUACAUAGUUAAAAUGUGAUGCUGCCAUUUUUAUUAGAAAAAUGUGUAUACAACAUUUA